AUGUCUCUACUACGGCCAAGCUUAGCUACAGUAGCAGGGCGCUCCGGCGCUGCCAUGAUGUUGUACGGAAAGUACAACAGGUCGCUGCUAAACUAUACUGUACAAUCGCUGCCUCCUACUACGACUGCCUUCACAGUAUACAGUACUUCAGCAAGGAUUAUGAGUUCUCUCUAUUGUAUCUCUGAAAAAGAUGUGCAGGAAGCUUAUAACAAAAUCCAUGAUCAGGUUCAUACAACUCCAGUAAUGACAUGUUCCAGUCUGGACGCCCUAACUACACGCAAGUUAUUCUUUAAAUGUGAACUGCUACAGAAGACUGGGUCUUUCAAGUUUCGGGGUGCACUGAAUGCAGUGAAGAGUUUGGCCGCAGACCGAUGUACAGCAGUGGUGACUCACAGCAGUGGCAACCAUGGCCAGGCUUUGGCGCUAGCAGCACAGAUGAUGGGUAUAUCCGCCUACGUAGUGGUACCACGGACAGCUGCGUCAUGCAAGAAAGCUGCAAUUCGUGGAUAUGGGGCUCAAAUUGUGGAAUGUGACCCUACAGAUGAGUCCAGAGCAGAAGUGGCAGCUAAGAUCAUACAGGAGACUGGGGGUGUUUUGGUUCAUCCUAAUCAAGACGUGUCAGUUAUUGCUGGACAAGGGACAAUUGGACUUGAAGUUCUAAAUCAGGUACCAGGAGUAGAAGCGUUUGUCAUACCAGUGGGAGGCGGCGGCAUGUUGGCAGGAAUAACUGUUGCUGUGAAGUCUUUUGUCCCACAGGCAAUUAGACCAGAUGUGAGAAUCUAUGCAGCUGAACCAUCUAACGCAGAUGACUGCUAUCGCUCAAAGAUGAACGGAAUCCUGACUGCUAAUCCCCGGCCUCCAAUCACUAUAGCAGACGGUGUAAAGACAAACAUUGGGCAGAAUACUUGGCCAAUUAUAAGGGACCUGGUGGAUGAUGUGUUUGUAGUGACUGAAGAAGAAAUAAAGCGUGCUACACGAAUGGUGUGGGAGCGGAUGAAGCUGGUAAUUGAGCCCACAGCUGGCCUGGGUUUAGCCGCCAUUCUCUCAAGACGUUUCCAGGAGACAGCGGGAGACAUACAGAACAUAUGUGUGGUGUUAUGCGGAGGCAAUGUAGAUUUGGGCAGCAUAGACUGGCUAAAGGAGCCUUGAUACCAAACACUGCAGGAUCCAACACAGGGGAGAUCUUCUUUCAUUCACUAUAAAUGAGGACAAUACAAUUAGUUUCCUUAAUUUUGAUCGCUUCAUUUAAUUCACACAUUUUUAAAAUAUCUUUCAAAAAUAAAUCUCUAAAAAAUAAAUACA